CACGAGGCAGGGCGCGUGGCAGAGCGCGAGGUGGCCCCAGCGGGAGGGCGCGGGCCCCGGCUGGACUGUCUGCUGAGAGUAGCCGCGAAUAUGGCGGAGAUGAACCGCAGGACCUUGGCCUUCCGGGGAGGUGGCGGCGGCCUGUCCUCUGCAGUCGCCCCUGUGAACAAUAACAACAACAAUGGCGUCGGUUCGGGGGUGCUGUCGGUGGACGAGUCCACGAACUGGUCCCUGCGGCAGCUUAACGGAGGAGGAGGUGGAGCGGCGGCAGGGGAAGAGGAGGUAGAAGUGGAGUUAGAUGCCGAGGGCCUACUGGAUGAUGACGAGGAGGCAGAGGCCUACCCGGGCAUGGUAAUGGCAGGUCGGGGGGAGCACAGGCAAGGAGCCGGGGUUCCUGCUGGAGGCAACGGCGGCUCGGUAAGUGUGGAGAGCAGCGACGAGGAAGACGACGAAGAUGAGGAAGAAGAGGAGGAGGAAGAAGAUACGAGCAGCCAAGCCAGGAGACCGGAGUCCACUGGGGCGGCAGAGGAGGAGGAGGACUGCUCUAUCCAGGAGGAUGCCCCCCGGCGCUUCGGCCUCCUUCCUGCUGCCAGAUCCCAAUCCCUCCUGCCCAACCUACACUGCUUCCAGGGAUCAUGGCUGCAGGAGUUCCCCUGGCUACACUUCAGUCAGGAGACCGGCCUCAUGUCCUGCUCCUGGUGCCACAAAGAGGAGGGCCAGUCGGGGCACGACGAGCUGACCAAGGGCACCCGAGUCUACAAGAGAGCCACGCUACUGCGUCACAACAUGUCCAACGAGCACCGCAUGAACGACCCCACAGCUCAGGAGCCCGAAAUAAAACAGGAAGGUUCAGAGACCUACAGUGACUACAGUGCUAAACCAAAUGAGAACUCCUACUGCUACCAACUGCUGCAAGAGCUGAAUGACCAGAGAAAGAAGGGGAUUCUUUGCGAUGUCAACAUCGUGGUGAACGGCAAGGUUUUCCGAGCUCAUAAAAAUAUCCUGGUUGCUGGCAGCCGGUUUUUUAAAACCCUAUACUGCUUUACAAACAAGGAAAACCGCGACCAAACCACCGUGACGUACUUAGAUGUCGUAGCUGUCCAUGGUUUUUCGGUCAUCUUGGACUUCAUGUACUCUGGUAACCUUGUACUGACCAGCCAGAAUGCCAUCGAGGUGAUGACGGUGGCCAGCUACCUGCAGAUGACCGAGGUCGUCCAGUCCUGUCGUAACUUCAUCAAAGAUGCCUUGAAUAUCAGUAUAAAGUCUGAAGCUCCCGAGAGCGUUGUAGUGAACUAUAACAAAAGGAAGAAUAAAGAUGGCCACUCGCCCCGUGACCCCAAAUCCGGUAGCUUCUGGGCCACUCGCAAUCUCACUAACCUGGCGAGCAAUGCAAAGCUAGAUGGUGACGGCUUUAAUCUGGACGAGACGCCGACAGACAACUUCCAGUCCAACGACUCCACCUGGAUUCAGGAUAGUUCCCCGGAGGUGACAGAGAUCGAGCCUCAGGCUCAGGCAAAGGUGUUUGUGUGGAAUGAUAUGGGCUCCAACUCCGUGGGUAUGCAGGAGCCCAACAAGCCGCGACGGAAAAAUCAAACUACUAAAAGAUUUGUUUAUAACAUCCCCCCGAACAACGAACUUCAGGUGGAUGGUAACUCGAUGCUCCAGCAACCUGUUCCCUACCCCGAGGAGGACGUGCAGUGCUUCCAAGAUGGGGCAGGUACCUCAAGUGAAUUCAAGUUUGGGAUGUUCCCGGAGUCGUGGACGAGGGAUACUUGGGAGAACGGUGAUGCAUCCGCCGGACUGAUGAAUAAGCUGAAAUGCCCCCAUUGCAACUAUGUAGCAAAAUACAGAAGAACGUUAAAAAGACACUUGCUCAUCCACACGGGAGUGAGAUCUUUUAGUUGUGACAUCUGCGGGAAGUUGUUUACCAGGAGAGAACACGUGAAAAGACAUUCCUUGGUGCACAAAAAGGAUAAAAAAUACAAGUGCAUGGUGUGUAAGAAGAUCUUCAUGCUAGCAGCCAGUGUGGGAAUUCGGCAUGGCUCUCGACGCUAUGGAGUUUGUGUAGACUGUGUGGAUAAAUCACAACCAGGGCUUCAGGAGUCAGGUGCUGACCAAGCAGCAGAUCCAGACUUCCCCAGGGAUGAAGAAUACGAUGACAAUGACCCUGUGGAGACAGUAGAUGCAGAUGAUGACCUUGUAGAUGAUGGAGAAGAGCAGAACGAUCAUUCUAGGUGGUCAGAGCAGAACGACCCAUCGCGUUGGGGAGAACAGAACGACCCCUCACAGUGGGAAAGACAAAAACCUCCGCCUCGAUGGGAUGAUUCAGGAGAUGUUUGCAUGACGAUAGAUGACUGACGGCCAACAGGCAUUUAAACUCAAGGGUGCUGCAUCAGGACAGAGAGUUUGGUUGUUUAGACAUUUGGGACUGAAGGCAAAACAUGGUACCGGUCUGGACAAUAGUUAUUGCUGUGAAAACUGUAGGGUCAAAGCCUUAUAGCAAAAAAUAUUUUUAUUUUGUCUUUUUUAUUUUUAAUUUUUUUUUUUAAUAUUUGCACAGGACUGUACAGAAUCCAACCAUUUGGUUGAAAUAUAGAGUCCUCACAUCUCCAAUCAGUUUUUUCAAAGAAAUAAAAUGUAUUUUUAUUUAUAGGAUAUAGCUAUGUUUGUCCGAUCAGAGUAUAAAACUACUAUUGUAACGUCAUUACAUGUAUCGGUUAAAUUGUGUUAUAAUGGCCAGAAAAUAUGUUGAAUCACUGUGUGAAUGUGAUGUAACGCUGCAGUUCGAGAGGUGUCAGGAACACGUUGAUUUGAUCUGUACAUCGGUACUGACUCCUCCACCAUUGUGUGGCUCAAACUGCCCUUAGCACUGCUGUUCAGUUAAGCUCACAUGCAGUCUGUAUCCAUUUCGGGUGAUUUGUGUUCGUUUUUGUUAUGCGUUCUAAGCAAAUCUGUCAUGGGUUCGGAUAGAAAGUUAAGAUCCUUUUCUAGAGCAGUGCUACCUUUAUGUCACUCGCUACUUGUGGCGAUUUAUGUUCCCCUUUUGAAUUAAUUUUUUUCACUGUAAUUAUAUUCACCACUUUGUUUUCUUAAUUUAAAUUAUUUUAUUGUUAUGAAGCCGCCUCUUUGUAUAAUGCUCCCUGUCCCUUACAAUCAGGUCAAGUCGGAGGUUUGCUUUUAACCAUGUCGCGAACUCGAGAAAGUGAUGAAUUGUAGUAAACUGGAACGGUUGUAUAUGUGUUUAUAUAAAGGGAUUAUGGAGAAGCAGGAGUGGUCAGCAAGUCACUCUAGCCUUCAGAUCUGAUAUUAUGCAUCAGUUACCUCCUUAUUUUGCUGCUUUCAUGUUUUUUUAUUUACAUUCUGAAUGGCAGACACCAUAAUAUAACUUAUUUAUAAA